AGAAUUGAACCGCCACAUUCGGAAACUCAAACAUGUCGACCAUCUCUGUUUUCAUCGUUCUUUGCAGCGUCUUACCCGUCGUUUCAUCCCAAGCCGGCGGGAAUCUCCUAAUCGGAACCGCGUCGCAUUAUAUUCCGAUUCCUUUCUCGCGAACCGCCUGUGAAGAUAAGUUCGGUUCAUCGAAGCUGCCUCCGUCUGUGUACCCUGUUGCGGCUGGUGAAAGAUUAUGGGAUCGCGGAGCUGGGUGCGGAAGAAGAUAUCAUGUCCGGUGCAUUAGCGACGGAGCACCUCAUUUUUGUAAGUCUGGAGAAGAAAUCGAGGUUAGUAUACAGGACAGAGCCGCCACUAUGCGAAGUAGAGCUUCGGAUUAUGGAGCUGAUAUGGUUAUCAUGGAAUCUGGUUUCAGAGUGAUUGCGAUUCCAUUUGCACAUUCAGUCCAGAUAGAAUACAAGAAAGUGCAAUAGAAUCUGAUUAGUACUCAAUUGUGUUGAAAACUCUUGCAAAUUCUGGUUUUUCUAGUUGCUUAUUUUUAGGAGUUUUUGUUGAGUCAGUUUAGUCCAUGAUUUCAGUUAGAGUACAAUACGUGGGUAUCAUGUUACAAUCCCACUACUUAGAUUUCCAUUAUAUAUUUGUAUGCUUUUUCAAUGAAUUGAAGCAUCUAGA